GGGUGCUGCUUCUCUCGAGACGCCGACAGCUCGCCUUACCCAGGCUCUACAGCCGGCCAGCAUGGUGACUCGUCUCACCAGAUCAACGUCAACACCGCCGGCCACCGCCAUGACCAGACGGAGCGGCCUUCGCUAAACGGCGGCCUCUCGCACGCUGCCUCAGAUGCCUCCUCUGCGACGCCCCGGCCGCAUCGCUCGGCUGCCCGUCGCGGCGUGCCGCUGAACGAGCACUUCAACCAGCCCAUCCGCCCGCACGUCUGGAAGAGCAAACGCCGCACCUGGACCCGCGCAACCAUCGACAGGGAGCGGGAAGUCUUCUUCGAUACCAGAGUCGCCGGCCGGCCAGAGAUAUGGGCUGCUCUGUCCACCGCCCUUUCCCUACUGCGGGAAGGAGACGUCCAGACCGCCCAGGGCAUCAUCGACGCAGCUGGCAUCACCAUUCCAACAGGCGACGUCUGCGAGGGAUGCUACGACGAGAGCGGGGCGCUGUACAAGUUUCCAGAAGUUAUUGUGUCUGAUCCCGUAAACCUGGCGGAUGACGACGAUGCUGCCGAGGAAGCCUUCAAGUGUGAUACUGGCGCUGACCUGGACGGUGAUGCAGACGGUGAUACAGCUGGCGACGAGACGUCUACCGCAAAGUUGGUAUUGGGCACCGGUUCGUCUGACGACCUGUUGGACAAGGAAAAGGAACGCAGGCGGGAAGAGAAGGGAAAGCGAAACGAACGAGACCUGCUCAAGGUCACUGCUCGACUAAGCGAUCGCGGCGGCCCAGAUGUGGUCGUGAGCAUCGGCAAAGAGCAAACCGUUGCAGCUCUUGUUCGGAGAAUCCAGGCUGAAGCUAGAGUACGUUGCCGGUUUGAUAUUUCUUUGACGACGACGACGAUGAUGAUGAUGAUAGAAAAACUGAGUAUCACUGCUAACUGCUCUUCCCAGCUGCCUUCCAAUACCCGCAUCCAGAUCGUAUAUCUGGGCAAGUUCUUCAGAGACAGCCAGACACUGCUCGAACAGGGAUGGAAAGAAGGCAACGUCGUAAACGCGUACGUUAGGGUUUCGAAAUGA